CAACUUUAACCCCUUAACCUACGAUUUACGUUCGAGAAUUUUGGACCGAAAACGUAAACAAGCUCACGCAGCCUUCGAGCCAUUCGCACGACUUGUGUAGUACGUACCACGAGAGUAAUAUUUACGUUUGGCCCGAUCAUCGUACUACGGGCUAUGCCCGUAGUUGUAGGUAUUAAUAGGUGGGCCGGCCUAGAUCCUAGUAUGCAUGCCAUAGAUGUGAUAGCUGUGGCUGGUGCCUGUGUGGCCAAUUGGCCAUACCUGGCCAUACACGCCAUGGUCUGUUUAAGGUUCCGUCGCACGAUCAUAUAAAUAGAUCUCGAUCACGUUUCGGCAUUCGCUAGGGUAAAUCGUCCGAAUAUUGAAUCUUAAAAAAUUAACAUGGAAGAUCAACAAAGUUUGCGUUCUUACGAGACAGACAGAGAUGAGUAAAGUGCCUGUGUUCUGUGCAAUAUUCAUAGCAUGUCACGCAUGUGCAGAACGAGAACGAGAACCUUGUUAUCCUCCAUGUUGAUUUUUCAUAAAUAGUCAUAGCUUAAUUUUCGGACGGUUUUCCCUAGGUUUCGGCAGGUUUCAGUAUAUAAGUGUAGUACCUUUUAUAUGACCGUGGUUGUUGGUUCUGUGUUGUACUCGUGUGUCUUAUCCCUGUAAGAAAAAAUUCCAGCACGGGGGAAGAGGGAAGGAGUCACAUUUGAGGCAGACGAAAUAUCUACCUCUCUAUUGAUCUUUCUGAUACAAAUUUGCUUAUGCUAAGCUCGUAUGAUAUUAAUGUUAAUAAACUUAAGUGAUUAUGUGUACCUGUGUGUACCUACAACGAUCGCAAGAGAGAGAAGUAGAACGAAUACAUCAUCAAAUUAAAUAUGUUUAGUAAUAAAAAGAAUAAUUUACCACCGAGACCUCAUAUUCCGGAUUCUGAACAUAUAUUAGAAGACCUUAAUAAUGCUCCUAUAGAUGACAUAGCAUUUAAAAUAAUUAAUAAAGAUAAAGCUUUUGGAGAACAUUCAAUAAACACAAAUACCUCUGAUACCUAUCAGAAGGUGAAGAUGUAUUUAAGUAUAAAACAACAGUUAAGAUAUUUAGAAACUACUCUUGCAGAAAGAGAACAACAGCUGAAAGCUGAUAACGAAGAAAUAAGAAAACUUGCAGACAAUAUUAAAAAACAAGCACAAGCUGCAUUAAUAACAUAAAUUUUAUAUAUUUAUAAAUUCUACUGAAAUCAACUGAUUAAUCCUUCAUAUGAAAAAAAUUUUUAAUAUAUAAUCAUUAUCAAUUUCAUAUUGUUUUAAUUAUUAAUGUCAUGUACUAAAAAUUAGCUAAUUAUGCAAAAUAAUACUUAUCAUAAUACAUAUAUUUAUAUUUUAAUUUA